AUGCCUUUACUCGAUGCCUUGCAAUAUCUUCAGAAUUGGGCAGACUCCAGACUCGUGGUCCCGGGUGCACCCGCAGAAGUGCACCUGAACCUGAAAGCAGGACUGCACUUGAAACGGGACAUACAGGCCACCACAUCCGCCGACGAGGACUAUGUUGAACACUCGCUAUUCCCUUUAGAAUCUUUAUUCCUAUCAGUCCUAAAACACAACCCGAAAUACAAGUUUCAGGAUAUGGGCCUAGCCACAGAUUGCGCCAAUUUAACAGCGUUGUACGGCUUUAUGAGGGGCACGGCAGAUAAGGACUUCAGUGUCGAUGUGACGCGAGUGGGCGAGCUGAUACUUUUCCAGCAGGUGUUACCUACCGAGAACUCAGUACCGAACUUCUCGCACGCGCAUUUGCCGGGCUAUCAACAGGACUUUGUGCUGCGGUAUGCCUUGAAGGAGCGCCGGCAUUCUAAAGGCCAACACCACCGGGUGAUACAGUGUAAGAUAGGGGGACUGAAUGUACUAGUACGUAGUUUGAACACGGCUGUGCUACACAAACCAGUUCAUGAGCGAACACACCCAGGCACCCUCACACGGGAUAUGCAUAAACCAGAGUUUACAGGCACAUACACGGGUGUGAAACCGCUGCGGCUCCGUUUAUUGGACACUACGGAAGGACUGGACACGUCCUUUUCUGACCUGAGAUUGGGUGCACUGUUGGAUACUGUGGACAGAGAACACACUCAAUCAGUGGCCACACGUUUGGUACUGAAUGAUUCGAAGGAAUCCGACGCAGAUCCGCAAUACGACAUCGAAGGUACGAGUGGGGGUGAAGCAGAUGAGAAGGUCAGACACGGUGACAGCACUAAGAAGACCAACCCAGCAAGUGCCAGACUCAGAGAUCGGGGCUCAUCCACUCGGACCCAACAGUACUCGGGACGGAAUAAGACUCGCGCAAAGGACACGUGCGGAAAUAAGCGUGACGCUCGCGCACACCCGCGGACUGGGGAUAGGGGGAGCCACGCGAGAAGCACGCGCGACGACGUGGCCACGCGUGCGCAACGCGUGCAUAGCCAGCACAGUGGGGUGUACGGCAGCAGAGGGGUGUCUACAGCCACCACACUCCAGUACACAAGCGAGCUGGACUUAGACUUAGGCAGCACGGACCACACGGCACAGGUGAGGCGCGCGUGUAGUAAAGACACAACGCGUGGAACAACGUCCGGGAGUACGGCAUGCUCGACGGCUGAGCUACCAACACGUGAGAGCACCGACACACACACACAGGCGCACUAUUCGCAGACACGGCCCACACAGUUGGGAGCUCCGUCUCCGAUACCACAGAAGCUACCUACGCCUAUAGCUAAGGUGUGUGGGGAGUCCGAUGCCCUGCGGGCGCUUGUCACGCCACUCAACCGCACGACUAUGGAGCAACCGUGCGACAGUCCCGCUAUUGCUGCAACUAGUAGUACCGGGACGGCUACGGAGCUGACGAAGAGAGAUCGGCGACCAGAAGGUAUGACUCGCACGAAGUGA